AUAUCGAAAUAUUAGUUUUCGGCUUUUACACUAAAAAAUGUGAAUAAUCAAAACAAACACAAUUAAAAUGGAUUAUGAAACUUCAUUAUCUGAGCUCGGUGAUAGUGUCACUGAGAACUGUAAUAAGAGGCUGAAACUUCUCGAAUGUAUUCUAAGCGAAUGCUCGUCUUCCUCAGGAAGCGACAAAAAAAUAAAUACGAAAUACAAUCUAGGGAACCAUACCAAAAGUAGCCUAUUUUCCUUAGAUGCUUUAUUGGAUACUUUGAUUGUACUAUAUGAUGAAUGUAGUAACUCAUCUCUACGUCGGGAAAAGAGCGUGUCGGAUUUUCUUAAACUAUCCAAGCCUGUCGUACACCUUGUGCGAAAGCUACGCCUGACACGCGAUGAUUUCGACAUCUUAAAAAUUAUUGGACGUGGUGCCUUUGGUGAGGUUUGUGUUGUUCAAAUGAUAUCUUCGGAGAAAAUUUAUGCCAUGAAAAUAUUGAACAAAUGGGAGAUGCUAAAACGUGCAGAGACGGCAUGUUUCCGGGAAGAAAGAGAUGUGUUGGUCUUUGGAGAUCGUCAAUGGAUAACAAACCUACACUACGCUUUUCAAGACAAUACUAAUCUGUAUCUUGUUAUGGACUAUUACUGCGGUGGAGAUUUGUUAACAUUACUAAGCAAAUUUGAGGAUAAACUACCCGAAGAUAUGGCAAAAUUCUAUAUAACAGAAAUGAUCUUAGCGAUUCACAGCAUACACCAAAUUAAAUAUGUCCAUAGGGACAUAAAGCCGGAUAACGUUUUGUUGGAUAAAAGGGGACAUGUUAGAUUAGCGGACUUUGGGUCCUGUCUACGACUCGAUAAUGAUGGGACUGUUCAGUCGAAUGUUGCUGUAGGCACACCGGACUACAUUUCGCCUGAGAUUUUGCGAGCAAUGGAAGACGGAAAAGGCCGGUACGGAACCGAAUGCGAUUGGUGGUCUCUUGGAGUGUGCAUGUAUGAAAUGCUCUAUGGAGAAACUCCGUUUUACGCAGAAAGCUUGGUAGAGACAUACGGAAAGAUAAUGAAUCAUCAGAAUUGCUUUAACUUCCCAUCUCAAGAAAAUCUUAAUUACAAAAUAUCUGAUUCAUCAAAAGAUUUGCUCUGUAAGCUGAUUUGUAUACCCGAAAACCGCCUCGGACAGAAAGGACUACAAGAUUUUAAGGAUCACCCUUGGUUCCAAGGAAUAGAUUGGGAAAAUAUACGAUGUGGGCCCGCUCCAUAUGUUCCUGAAGUAUCAAGUCCAACAGACACAUCUAACUUCGAUGUCGACGAUAAUGAUGUCAGAAUGACCGACACAUUGCCGCCUACAUCGAAUCCGGCAUUUUCUGGGUUUCAUUUGCCUUUUAUCGGAUUUACAUUUUCACAAAAUAGCUACUUAUCGGAUUUGGGAAAAGCAGACAGGCUUUUAAAAAUAGACGACGAUAGUUGUGGCACGGCUAGUAUGCCUGACGAAAACGUUCAUAAUACAGAGGAGAUGCGAAGCCUUUUAAGUAGUGAGCCGACAAAAGGAAUGGAAAGUUCUGUGGAUUCGGGUCAAGAGAGUCGUUUAAAAGCUUUAUCGGAUCAAGUUAUUUUGUUAAAGAAUGAAAAAAUUGAAAUAUCCAAAAAGUACAAUGAAGUUUUGGAACGUUUUCAAAUACAAGAAUCCGAACUAAAAGAUGCUAUUUCCCAGCGAAAUCUGGCAAUGAUGGAAUAUUCCGAAGUAACUGAAAAAUUGGCUGAGCUGCGUAAUCAAAAACAAAAACUAUCUAGACAAGUUAGGGAUAAAGAGGAAGAACUGGACGGUGUUAUGCAAAAGAACGAUGUUCUUAGAAAUGAACUGCGAAAGUCCGAUAAGCACAGAAGGGAAUUGGAACUUCAUGUUGAAGACGCUGUCAUCGAAGCAUCAAAGGAAAAGAAAUUGCGCGAACGAGCAGAGGAGUGUUGCAGACAAAUGCAACUGGACAUUCGAAAAUCGACAUCGAAUUUGGACACAUCUCUUCCAAUUAGUGUUUCUUCCGACAUCUCUACAUAUGAAAUUGAACGCUUGGAGGUACAAUAUACCGAAAAAAUUAAUCAUCAGCAAUCUCGGCACAAUUUAGAAGUGGAGUCCUUGCGAGAUACACUUAAUGAGUACGAGAAUUCGAAUGCAAUACUUUUGAGUGAAUUACAGCAAGCUCAAGAGAAAUUGAAACAGAAUCAAUCCGAAUCUAACACAGACUCAGCAGAAACAAUUGCCGAACUAAAAAAGAAACACGAAUUGGAGAAAUCAGUAUGGUUUGAGGAGAAACUAAAGUUAAGCUCAGAAGUUAACUUCAAGUCAAAGAGUUUGAAGGAACUACAGGCGGAAGAUGACGAAAUAUUCAACGAGUUGCGUGUAAAGCGUGAAGCGAUCAACCAAUGGGAACGCCAAAUGGGAGAAAUAAUUCAGUGGGUCUCCGAUGAAAAGGACGCUCGAAGCUACCUUCAAGCACUCGCUACUAAAAUGACUGAGGAAUUAGAAUAUCUAAAGCAUGCAGGAACAUUUAACAACAGCACAGUAGAUCCUAAGAAUUGGAGAAACAGGCGGUCGCAGAAACUCGAUAAAAUGGAGCUCCUUAACUUACAAAGCGCCCUUCAACGUGAAAUUCAAGCCAAGGCUACUAUUUCAGAGGAGCUGAGUCAGACUAGAGCAGAUUUAAUAUCCACACAAAAGGAGUUACGCGAUCACAAAAAACGAUGUGACACGAUUUUAUAUGACUUGCAGAAGAAAGAAAGUGAGCUUCGUGACUUUAAAAAGGAAAGUCAUGAUUAUAAAGAAUCAUUUUUGGAUAAGCCGUCAUCCCAUGGACUAAACAAUUCUAUGUUCAAAGAUAUGUCCAAAAACUCAGAUAGCGGAAACAUACAGGACUCUUAUUUCAUUGAUACAGGAGAUAAUUUUUUGUGUGCCUCGAAACUUUUUCAAACAGCUGGUUCUGAAAUGCUUUUUGAUUGUGAAUCAAAGUAUGGGUUCGGAAAUUCCCAGGAGUUAUCUAAAGGUAUAAAAGAUACAGACUCGAACAAUACAUCAAGAUCAGACAGGGACUUUAACUUUGUGGAAUCACAACGCGUGGAUGAAAACAAUACGGCAAUUCAUCAGUUCCUUGUAAGGACAUUCAGCAGUCCCACAAAGUGUAACCAUUGUACAUCCUUAAUGGUUGGACUUACAAGGCAAGGAGUAGUUUGCGAGCUCUGCGGCUUUGCAUGCCACACAGUUUGCUGCCAAAAGGUCCCCACUAUAUGUCCAGUUCCCGUUGAUCAAACGAAAAGGCCAUUGGGUAUAGAUCCUACGAGAGGAAUCGGAACUGCCUAUGAAGGAUAUGUGAAGGUUCCAAAGUCAGGAGUCAUCAAACGGGGAUGGAUUCGUCAGUUUGUAGUUGUUUGUGACUUUAAGCUAUUUCUAUAUGAUAUAACACCCGAUCGAUGCGCCUUGCCAAGUGUGAGUGUAUCGCAAGUUUUAGAUAUGCGGGAUCCCGAAUUUUCAGUCGGCAGCGUAAGAGAAAGCGAUGUCAUUCAUGCUGCCAAGAAAGAUGUGCCAUGUAUAUUCAAGAUAAAAACAGCUCUAAUUGAAAAUGGACUUUCCUUAAAUACGCUAAUGUUGGCUGACAAUGAAUCUGAGAAAUCAAAAUGGGUCAUCGCUUUGGGAGAACUCCAUCGUAUCCUAAAACGAAACAAUUUACCAAAUACUGCCAUUUAUAAAGUUCAUGAGAUUUUGGAUAAUACCCUAACGCUUAUACGAAAUUCAUUGUGUGCCGUUAUUAUUUACCCAAAUCAAAUCCUAUUGGGAACAGAAGAUGGAUUGUUUUACAUCAAUUUGGAUGAAUUAGAAAUCGCUCGUAUCGGAGAAAGCAAAAAAAUACUUCAGCUUUGGUAUAUUGAGGAGGAACAGAUAAUGGUGAUUCUGUGUGGGAAACAACGCCAUUUAAGACUUUUGCCCAUUAGGGCAUUGGAGGCUAGCGACGUAGAGUGGAUUAAGGUUAUGGACUCCAAAAACUGUAUAUCAGCAUGUACCGGAAUAAUAAGACGGUUCCCCAGCAUCGUUUAUUCAUUUAUUAUUGCCCUGAAGCGCCCAAAUAACCACACACAAAUUGUUGUUUACGAAAUCAACCGAACUCGCACAAGGCAUCAGAAGACCUGCGAAUUCACAAUUGGAUAUCUAGCACAACAUUUGCAGAUCCUGUCAGAUAUGCGUCUGGUAGUGGCCCAUCAAAGUGGAUUCACUGCCUACUUCCUGCGAGGUGAAGCGACAGCAAUGUCUCUAGUACAUCCAGAAAAUCAGUUGUGUGCGUUCUUAAAUUAUUCUGGAGUUGAUGCUAUCAGAGUCAUUGAGAUACUGUGCCCAGGUGGUGGAAAUUUCGGAGAAUAUUUAUUGGUAUUUCAAACGCUUGCUAUAUAUGUAGACCUACAAGGACGAAAAUCGCGAGACAGGGAAAUAAUGUACCCUGCAUUUCCGACAUACAUAACAUAUUGCGAUGGUCAUUUGCUUGUUUUUUCUGACACCCACUUGGACAUUUUUAACACCCAGACGUCUGAAUGGGUACAGUCUAUUGGCUUGAAGCAAUCUCUUCCACUUAAUAAUCUCGGAAAUAUUGUAUUAACAUCGGUGAACGAUACACCUCUAGUUAUUUAUUUAGCCAAUAUACACACAAAAGGAUUAUUGCAACCACGUGACGGUGAUCGCAAAGGUGUCACCAAUAUAAAGCGAAGAUUCUCAAUUAGGGAGAUCAACAAAACAAUAAAAAGUGAUCGGAGGUCAAAGAUGAUAUCAGCUCCAACUAAUUUCAAUCACAUUUCCCAUAUGGGGCCUGGCGAUGGCAUACAAAAUCAACGACUAUUGGACCUACCAACAACUUUAGAAACCGCUGAUCAAACAAAUAGUAAAAUAUUAAGUACAUUGCACACAACACCAAUGGAUGUCUCUCACCAGUCCAGAAAAAGCAAUAUGCAUCAACACCGUGACAACAAUUCUCAGGAUUAUUGCAAUGAAAUUAUGACGUCAAGAUCACCCAGUCCAAUAGAUUCGGCAGUGGGCCUCAGUGACAGCCUGAACAUUUUAAAUUAAAUUUCAAAAUGUUUGAUUUGAUAUAUAUAUCCGGCUGUUUUGGAAUAAAUAUUAUUUGCAAUAGGAA